AUGCGCUUCACGCUCGAGGCUGCCAUCAGCGUGCACAGCUGCUGCAACACUGCACAUCACACACAUCAUCAACCAUCCUGCCACUGUGUCCAGUCCGGGCGCUUCACGCUCGAGGCGGCCAUGAGCGUGCACUGCUGCUGCAACACUGCAGGUCACACACAUCAUCAACCAUCCUGCCACUGUGUCCAGUCCGACCGCUUCACGCUCGAGGCGGCCAUGAGCGUGCACUGCUGUUGCAACACUGCACGUCACACACAUCAUCAACCAUCCUGCCACUGUGUCCAGUCCGGGCGCUUCACGCUCGAGGCGGCCAUCAGCGUGCACUGCUACUGCAACACUGCACGUCACACACAUCAUCAACCGUCCUGCCACUGUGUCCAGUCCGCGCGCUUCACGCUCGAGGCUCCCAUCAGCGUGCACUGCUGCUGCAACACUGCACAUCACACACAUCAUCAACCAUCCUGCCACUGUGUCCAGUCCGGGUGCUUCACGCUCGAGGCGGCCAUCAGCGUGCACUGCUGCUGCAACACUGCACGCCACACACAUCAUCAACCAUCCUGCCACUGUGUCCAGUCCGCGCGCUUCACGCUCGAGGCUGCCAUGAGCGUGCACUGCUGCUGCAACACUGCACACCACACACAUCAUCACCAUUCUGCUACUGUGUCCUGUCGGCAAGCUUCACGCUCGAGGCGGCCAUGA